AUGGCUGCACAAGGAAUCAGAGGUCCUCCUUACGGAUUCUUCCACGGAAGCACCAAAGAGAUGCUUCAAAUGAAGAAGGAAAUCACCAAAAGGCCCAUGAACCUUUCUCAUGAUAUUUUCCCUUAUGUCCAGCCUCACUUGUACAAAUGGACCAAAACUUACGGCAGGAAUUUCUUGAUGUGGUACGGCGCUCAGGCUUUUCUAGUCAUCUCGGAUCUGGAGAUGGUCAAAGAGGUCCUCAACAAUAGAGAUGACACUUAUUCGAAAGAGUUCGUCCAAGAUCAGGUCAAGAAGUAUAUAGGCGACGGGCUUGCGACAUUUCGAGGUGAAAAAUGGGCAAAGCAUCGUAAGCUGGCGAAUUUCGCUUUCCAUGGGGAAAACUUGAAGGGUAUGAUUCCGGCAAUGGUAGAUUCCGCUCAUACGAUGCUCAAGAGAUGGAGCGGCAGAGAAGGGAAAGAGAUCGAUGUUUAUAAAGAACUAAGAUUGUACGCGUCGGAUGUGAUAUCAAAAACAGCAUUUGGGAGCAGCUAUACUGAAGGCAAAAGUAUAUUUGAGAAUGUGAACAAGUUGAUCCUCGUAAUGGUGAAUGCUUCUUCUAGUUUUCCAAUACUCAGGAAGCUUUGGAGACCGGCGUACGAAAUCGAGGGAGAGAAAAUAGAGAAAGGGUUUCGUGAAGCCGUGCUAGAGAUUAUCAAAAAGAGGCAAGAGAAGGUGAAUUCCGGCGAGCUAGAGAGCUAUGGAAAUGACUUUCUCGGUUUGCUUUUGAGAGCUUCUCAUGAAGUUGAUGAAAAGAAGAAGAUAACCAUCGAUAAUGUUGUUUCCGAGUGCAAGACAUUUUACAUUGCAGGACACGAGACAGCUACGUCCUUCCUCGCAUGGACUGUCCUCCUCCUAUCAAUUCACACAGAUUGGCAAGAAGAAGCAAGAAAGGAGGCCUUCAACGUGUUUGGAAAUCGAGAUCCUGACCUUGAUGGAAUACAAAGCUAA